AUGGAUUCGGCUGGAUCUGGAAUGGAGCCCAGCUACGGGGAUCGCGAAAGGCAGUCUGGGUAUGAUCAGGGUGGACGUACCGUGGGUUUCUCAGCUGCUAAUGAUCCUUUUAUCAGUGAUCGCUGGACCAAUGACGAGAUGUCAGAUGGCCAUGGCGGUCAAGACAGGGGUGAUAGGACCCCGGAGCAGCAGGCGGAAGACUUGUUGCGUCAGGCCGAGAAUCUCGAGCCGGAUUACGACUUUGAGUCAGCGGAGGGCGGCAAUGGCUCUCCUUUGCAGGAGGGCCAGAGUCGGUCUUUGGAGCAUGUUAGAGCUACGGGUGUCAUAUUUCUGCCGCUGGAAGUGGGGUGGAUCCGGGCUGGACCGGGAACGGACGUGGGCUUAGUCAGUCUACAGUUGGACGUGACGAUACACCGGGCUGGACCGGGAGUGGACGUGGAUCUCAUGGUCAGUUUACUUUCGAGCAGUCGCGCGGACCGGGCUGGACCGGAGUCAGAGCUUCUGGACGUGGAUCGUUUGCUGAUGCUGGACAGGCGUUUCGGGCUGGACCGAAUGGAUAUCACAGAGAAGCGGGUGAGCGACUCUUUGAUGACAGGUCUGGAGCUUGGAAUGGUCUUGGAGAUCAGUUGGACCACGCGCUGGACAAUCGAAGUGACGGUGGUCGAGGAAUGUUGUCUGGAGAUUCUGCUAGAGUCGAGGCUCUUGAGGAUCUACCAUGCAGUGAAAGGCGACCUAGACAUUGAUGUGAGUAGCGGCUGUCCAGAGGUCACGGAGGCCAAAGCACUUGAACUGAUAUCCCAGUACGAAGAUCUAGUGCGCAGCCGUGAGUUGCGGAGCAUCCGGGUUCACUCCAUCAUGCAGGACCUGUCGUCUAGGACUGAUGAUGAACUGGCAAGCUUGAUCAUUCAGGGAGACACCCAGGCAGAUGCAUCGCUACAGAUGCUGCUGACCAGAUUGUUUCCGGAGACCAGCAGUGACUUGACAGCGCAGGCGGCGAUAUCCUUGCAGGACCAGGAAGGUGAGCCGUAUGCGUGGAAUAGGCGUAUGAGACGCAAGUGUGAUAAAUCGGUGACUGUGCUGCCAGUUGACAAGCCUGAGGAUUUGCUUUCAGACAACACAUUCAGGUCCAUUGAGCUGGGAUGCAAGGAACAGGCGCAAAGGCGCACGGAUGAUCUUGUGCUGAUGCGAACUAUGGUUCUGAUGAUCGUUGCUGCUGCAUCCAAUAGGGCGCUGAGGAUUCAUCAUCCUUUGUGUGCCGUUGUGCAUCCGGAAGAUCCCAUGGAGGAUCCGGUUGAGUGCUGGGAUAAUCGGGAAUUAGAGGAUCCGGGUACUGGGUAUGCAACCUUGUGGGAGACGCCGGAGUGGAAGUCAGUGGAACGAUUCUUGGGGUUGCAGGGAAUUUCCUUCAGACAGGGAGUGAAGGGUCAGGGUCUGGUGCGACCGACCAGGAUGUGUACCAAUAUGGCUCCAGACCCUUUGCUAAUCAAUGGCCGCGAGGGACUUCAGUACUUUAAUGGGCUGGAGAGCUCGAUGAGAUCCGAAUGCGGUUCGGAAGUGUCUGGUUACGACUGUUGGGGAGACUGGUCGUGUGCUCUACAGUCUGCCAUUUGCAGCAUGCUUUGGAGGGAACUCCGGGAGCAAGGCUUAUGGGGGAAAGGCCAACUUCGAGCAUUGGAUCCUGGGUUCAUUGAGCACGUACGGCAGGGCCACAUGCCUUUUCGUCGCGACUGCAAGCAAUGCUUGCAGGGCAGUGCCAGACACAGGCAGCACCGCAAAGUUCUUGCACCUCAGGCAUGGACUCUAAGUCUUGAUACGGCCGGGCCUUUUCCGGCGGGUGUCGAUGAAUCGGAGUGCCAGGCGAAAUACUUGAUUGUAGCAGUGUUGUCAGUUCCAAUUCUGUCUACAGAGGGUCAUGUGGUGACUGAGCCAGCUGAUCGAGAUCCUGCUAUUACGGUUGAGGCUUUUGCAGAAUCCCUUGAUGAUAAGGAGUGGUUUCUUAGCAAGGGCAUGGAGCUGGAGGAUCCACCUGAGGAGUUCACGGCUGCAGAACUUAAAGAGGCUAAGGAGGCCUGGAAUAGCUGGCAAAAGAUUGUUGCUAUGAGCCGAAAGGAGUGGAUGGAGGAAGCAAAGGUUCAUUACCUUCCAAAAGUGGAAAUGGUAGAUAUGGUUUAUACUGAGCCGGUCGCGUCGAAAAAACAGCAGAUUGUUUUAGGGGCUCUCAGUAGGAUCUACGCAAGAGCGAUAUCAGACGGCUUUAGCGUGCAAAGGGUCCAUACGGACCGCGGCAGGGAGUUCAGGAACGCUUCGGUCCAGGCCUUUUGUCAGAAAUUCGGGCUGCACCGAACGUUCGCUAUUGCGGAGGAACACCAAACCAAUGGACGCGCGGAGGGCGCAAUUUUGAGGCUGAAGAAUAGUACCCGUACCAUCCUGCAAACUGCUAGUUGUGAAGAUUUGGACGAGUGGCCGUUGGCCGCCAAAUUGGCGGCAUACCAUAUGCGUGGUCAGGCGCGGAAGCGCCUCAAGAUGCCAACUGAACCGAAUGUGAUGCAUGAGUGCCUUGCAGUUGAAAUCCAGAAGUUGUGCAAACGCCUGCAGACGGAGGUUUCUGAUGUGGAGAGCAGCUGUGAAAGUGAGGCUGAUCCAUUCCCGUACGAAGUUCCGGAGGUGUUGCAACGUCUUAGCUUGUGUCCAUCUUCUGUGCAAAAUCAGAGUGUUGCCUACAGCUUAGAUCGUGUCAGUUGGCCAAUAGACGGGGGAAUUGAGGAGGCUGCUGAGUCCCUUGCACAUGCGCAUUAUGUCAGAAGUCGGAUGUUGGAGGCUCCUCAUGAUGACCUUGAGGGUUGGCUAAAAGGGUGCGACGAAGCUAUAUUCACGGAGGUUCAAGAGUUGGAAAAGGAGCUUCAGAUUCUUAAAGGGGUAGAGCAAAAGGCGCUGAGGCGGCUUGAGUGUGCUGAGAUCGGAGGUCUUGAUAUGCCGCGUGUUUGCAGCGCCACAGUGCUGUCGGAUAGUGAAGAAGCAGUAACCUCUGAAGGGUGUGAAGAUUCUCCACCGCUGCAGACCAAGAUCGUGUCGCAACAACAGGUGCGGCAGGAGCUGGAAAAAUGGCGAGGCUCGAUGGGAGAGGAAGUUGAGUCCCUGGUUCAGAAGACGGAAGCGGUUGAGGAUCUCACGGAGGCUCAGUACAACGAGUUGGUGAGUGACAGCUCAGUGCAUGUAGAGUUGAUCCCUGGUAAGAUGGUGUAUGUUUGGAAGCCCAGCGGACGACGCAGAGCGAGGAUGGUUGGCUGUGGGAAUUUCUGUGAACAUGACAGUGGCGCUCCCAAAGCGGACCUCUUCGCCAGUGGAGCUGGUGCAGAGUCCAUUCGUAUGAUGAUCCGCAAAUGUGCUAUGGAACCAUCUUGGCAUCUGGUCUCGGUUGAUGUGAAAACGGCCUUUUUGCAGGCGCCACUUAUGGAAAUGCGGAAGGGUGGCAAGGAGAAGGUCACGGUUGUUAAGGUUCCAAACAUAUUGAGGGAGGCAGGGGUAACUGCAGCGAAGUACUGGAAAGUCAAGAAGGCCCUUUACGGCCUGAACUCGGCACCGCGCUCGUGGAGUACCCAUAGAGAUCGUGUGAUGGCUGAUCUUCAGAUUGAGUAUGGUGAUAGCGUCCUGAGGCUUCAAAAGCUGAAGGAGGACGCCAAUCUCUGGCGUAUCCUCAAAUGUCCGCGUGAAGGCAGUGAUCCUGAAACCGGAACUGGUGAAGCAGGGUUUCUGCAGGGUCAGUACAUUGGGAUUAUAGCUUUGUACGUCGACGAUAUCUUAGUCGCGUCGGAAAAGGAUGUAGCCCAAGCUGUCGUUCGAGGACUGGAGUCUCAUUGGGAAUUGUCAGCCCCGGACUGGUUGUCGGUGGAAGGCAACUGCCUGAAGUUUGCGGGCUUCGAGCUGGAGAAAACAAGUCAGGGAAUCCGUCUCCACCAGGAAAGUUACACCAAGGACCUCCUUGAUCAAUGUCGUGAUACUGUACAGGGGGUAGAGCGAGUGCCAGCAGUCAAGAUGAGUGAAUGUGAGGACCCGGCUGAUCGGGAUGAGCAGCUGAAACUUACAAAGAGAGCUCAGUCCCUCGUGGGGCAGCUGCUGUGGCUUUCGGGUCGGACACGCCCAGAUAUAAGUUAUGCGGUGAGUGUUGCUGCGCAAAAGAUUGUGCCAUCCCCUCGGGAAGCAGUGGAAAGGGCAGAGCAUGUGAUCAAGUACCUCCGGUAUGCCCCUGGAACAGGCCUUCACUACAAGAUGCCGACGGGCCGGUGCGGCAAGUGGGAACAGCUGAAAUUCCGGGAGCUGGGAGAAAGCUUGGAUGCUUUUUCAGAUGCUUCAUUUGCUGCGGAUGAAAGAAGUCGCAGUUAUGGAUGCAUUCAACUGUUUUGGGGAGGUGCUCUGAUUUUUUGGGCGUGCAGCAGGCAGACUCUUAUAGCAUCCCACACAGCUGAGAGGCUGAGAGUGAACUGUACUCGUUGA